CCAUGGUCACACUGAUUUUAAUCACAAAAAAGCUGCACAAUAUACACAUUAUUUGCCAAUUUUAUUUUCAAAAAAUCAACACAAACAGAUAAUCCGACGGGGCGGAGUAUCCAACCGGAGCGCCAUGGACGCCACCACAUCCGCAGCGGAUCCCGCGCUGGUGGCCAUGAACAUGUUGAAUAAAAGUUCCAAGUGUCGAGCAUGUCUGUCCGUGGACCGUAAAACCGUUCAACUGAGCGCCGAGAUUCCAAACCUACAGAAGUCCCGCACCUACGCCCAGAGCCUGAAGCAGUGCACCAAUCUUGACCUGCGUGUCAUAAGUCCGGGUGGCUACCUGUGGCCCAUGCAAAUCUGCGUGCGCUGCUGCCGCGCCUUAGAGGUGGCCAUGCACUUUGUCGAAAUGGCCUUGGAAUCGAAUCUCAAGCUGUACGCCGAGGCCCAGAGCGUGAAGCUGCCCAGUCCCACCGGCGAACUGAAACGGAAGGCCAGCAGCGAGACGCUCCACUGGAAUCAGUUUAGCCAGGAGUUCGAGCAGUUUGUUGAGGGCUACGAGGGGACGACGGGACCCAUCGAGGAGAAUGUCCUGUACAUGCGAGGGGCCAAGAUACCACGUCUGGAUGCCGAUGCGCCGAACAGCACGAAAACGCCUAAAGAAGAUGAAAUUAUCCUUUUUGAUGUCAAAUAUGACACCAACGAUCUGGAGGAGGAGGACGAAAACGACGGCUCGGAUGCCAAGAACAAUGAGACUUUCUUCGAAAGCAGUAUUACGCCUGAAGAUGCAGCUAUUACCACCUCAGUGGGCAGCCAAAGCGGCGAGAAUAAUAACAAUUAUAAUUUCAAUAACAAAAACGGCGAAAUCUCGGAUAUCGAGUGCGAUCUUAUACAACGUGCUCUUUAUAUGACACUGAAUGAUGAUGGCAGCAGUCAAAGUCCGAAAAAGGAAAAGUCCAACAAUGAAAAUCAGCUUAAAUCCUGUGGGGGACAGGAUCCUUCAUCACCUUUACUCCAAGAGGCCACCUCUAGCAGUAUGAUGGCCAAUAUACCCCUCUUAAAAUGCAAUAUUUGCCAAUAUACGCAUACCGAAGCGGAGCAGCUGAGAAGUCAUUACAAAAGUAUUCACAAAAUAUCUAUGGCCGAAGAUGAAAUAAUUGGCCUAAACAAAAAUCAAAACUUUAAGUGCCGACCUUGCAAUAGUUAUGAAACAAAAGACAGGAAUGAAAUGCAGAAACAUCUAAUAGAUCACCAUAAAAUAGAUGGGGAUUUUGAAAUGUACUGCUAUAUGCAGGCAAACUGUCCUGCUUGUGACAGGAUAUUCAAGGACCAGCGGUCGGCUAGGAAGCAUUACACCAGGGUGCACACUCCGGUGCAGGUGGUAGUGUCGCCAACGGAGACAUAUGCGUGCAAGGUCUGCGACAAGGUGUUCAAUCAAAAGGCCAGCCUUCAUAGCCAUCAGCGAUUCUGUCAGGUGAAGGAUUUUGUCCAUUGCACCUUCUGCGAUCAGGAGUUCAGUAGCAUGCGCAAGUAUGAGCUUCAUCUGCAGCAACUGCAUGCCGUGGAAACUCUACACGAUUGUGAGAUCUGUCACAGGAGCUUCAAGAGCGCCGACACCCUCACGAUGCAUCGAAAGCGGCACUCUGAGCGACACUUUCAGUGCGAUAAGUGCUCGCUGAAUUACGUUAACUCAGCGGAGUUGCGAGUUCACCACGAACGGGCCCACGUGAACGAGGAGCAGGUGAGUUGCCCUACCUGCGGCAGCCAGUUUCAAAACAUGGUCCUGAUGCGCGAGCACGAACAGAGGAGUCACCAGAAGCCGAAGGUCUGGCGCUGCGAGGUAUGCAACUUUGAGACAAAGAACAGGUGGCGAAGGCGUCAACAUCAGUACGAGCACAAGGAGUACCCGUACAGGUGUGAGAACUGCACCGUCGAAUUUUCUGAUCGCAGCAAAUUCCGGCAACAUUCCAAAAAGGUGCAUGGCGUCGAGCUGAGCGACGAGCAGCUGGCCGAGAUGUUCCGUGAGAAGAAGGGCUACACCAAUCGACACGAUGCAUUCAACAGGUCAAACAACUCUUUGGAGAUACCCGGUUUUCCGGAGGAGUGCUUCACAGAGUUGCAGAGCCUAGGCGUGGACUAUGACGACAUAACCACAGAUCUCUUUGCCAGCUCCACCGCCCUAGACAACCUGCUAAACCUGAUACCCUAAACCGAGAGCCGGUCCAUAGAAUUUACAAAAUCAAACGGCUCGAAUAAUAGCUGACGAGAACUAGAAGACUGUCUGCACUUUACAAAUCACCUUAACCGACAAAGCAUUAUACAUACACCACCACCUUUUUAGUUCGAACAACUUUUUUGCUCAGAGAACUCAGACCAAAACGUACAUUUUACAUGUACCCACAGUGAAACCAUGAUAUUUUUGAAGUCACAAUCUCAAUAAACAAGAAGGAAACAAGCGUUUCUGAAGCGCACAAAA